AUGGCGACAUGGUCCGAAGAAAAAUUUCAGCUGGGAAACGAAGAAGGACAUAAUGACACGUCCCUUGAUAAUAUACUGCAAGAAUGUAUGGAAGAUGCUUUUGAUAUUCCUACUUUCGGAAGAGUAUUUGAACAACUGCCAGUGUAUACAACUUCUAGGCUGUGUGAUGAGAACAGUCCGGAAUCAUCCAGUUACAUUGGAAAACUGGAAGGCCACGAUGAAAAUGCAGGGUAUAUCCAUCAUACAAUUAGUUCAGAUCAGAUUUAUAUGCAUAUCAACCCUGGUAAAUCAGGAUCUAUGCCAGAAAAUCCUUCUCAUGCUACAAUCACAAUUGAAGCAACAGAUCCAGCCACAAACAUGAAAGAAAUUAAAAGGUACAGAUGUGAAUAUGAUGGUUGCAGUCGUACUUACAGCACAGUGGGAAAUUUACGGACACACAUGAAGACACACAAAGGUGAGUUCAGGUUUAAAUGUUCUGAACCUGGUUGUGGAAAAGCGUUUCUUACAUCAUACAGUUUAAAAAUACAUAUUCGAGUCCAUACAAAAGUGAAACCAUUUGAGUGUCACCAUGAAGGAUGUGAAAAGGCUUUCAAUACACUUUACAGGUUACGAGCACAUCAGCGACUGCACAAUGGCAACACCUUUAAUUGUGAAACACAAGGCUGUGUGAAGUUCUUUACAACUCUCAGUGAUCUGAAGAAACAUGUGAGAACUCAUACCCAAGAAAGGCCUUACAAAUGCCAGGAAGAAGGUUGUGGAAAGGCAUUCACAGCAAGUCAUCACCUCAAAACACACAGCCGUACCCACACGGGAGAACGUCCUUAUCCAUGUUCUCACUCAGACUGUGAACGGGCAUUUGCAAGUUCAAAUAGCCUGAAGUCACACUCCAGGCUUCAUGAAUCUACUGAGAACAAUGAAGAUGCUGUAGAUGAUGCAGAAACGUCUGAUAAUGAAGAUGAUGAGCCACAUGAAGAUGCUGAUGAUCCACUUGAAGGAGAUGGUGAUCCUCUUGGAGAUACAGCUGACCCCUUAAAAGACACUGAGGAUAUGAACAUUCAACCCAACAGGAUUAGAUGUAGUGAUCAGAACAUAACAGAUUCAGCACCUGUAACUACAAUAUCAGGAGAAGAUAGUGUGCAAGCAUUUUUCAUCCCAUUUACUGAAAUCAGUCUACAUGCAGCACAUGAAGAAACUGAUAUUAUGGAAGUUGAAGAUUUAUUAGCCAGUGUUCCGCCAGUGGUGACCUGCAGUGUGACUAACCACCAGUCAAGCUCUGCAGGGAUAUGCGUUUCCUCUGCCCUGGCACAGACACCUGUAGUACAACACCCUUCUGAGUGUGUGCUGGGACCAUCAGGAGAUACAAUAGUGGAAAAUUUGCAGAUGUCUGACAUUUCAUACCUGGCACCAACACACACUUUACAGGGAGUACUUAAGGAUAGUAAAAAUAUUACUAAUAAUAUGGUCAAUUCAGACCUUGCUUCUGACAGUGAGGAGAAUCAAGGUGUGGAGAUGGCAUCAUCAGAAUCAAAUGGAUGUAUUGUUCAUAAUUCCACAAUAAUUCCUAAUGUUAGUAAUUCCAGUGAACAAAUGCAAGUCAACCAAACAAUGGUUACUAAUGAUGAGUCAUUACCAUCCUCACCUGUCACAUCUUUUGAAAUCUUUGAUGAUCCUGACACAAGGGGUUUGGAAUCUGGAAAACAAAUAGCAGAUAUACUGAGGCUUCUUUCUGCUAGUGGUCAAAUUCAGGGUAUACAGUUGACAGCAUCAGUGACUAAUGAAACAAACCCAUUGUCAUCAAAUGUCUUCGAAGCUUCUGGUGUCAGGGCCGCUGAGAUUUUAAAUUUCCUAUCUGCUUCUGGACAAAUACAAGACAUCCAGCUUGCAUCCUCUGUAGAAACAGGAAACACCUCAGAAAACCUGUCUGAAACUGCUAGUAAGACAUCUGAAAAUAUUUUGUACCUGACAUCUCCUUCUUUGAGUAACGUGAACCUCUCAAAUGGUAUCAUGCCCGUCUUUACUUCUUCCAUUGUAGAGUCUAACCAAAUUGACAAUACACCAAAUAUUGCUCAAAUGAGAAAUUCAAGGAUUGUUUUGCAUGUUCAAGAUGCUCCUAUUAUUCUUGAUCCAGAUAAAAGUGUAGAGGCUUUGGAUAGUACAAUUAAUAUGGUUUCUCCAUCCAUUUUAUUACCUUCCACAACCCAGCCAGAUUCCUCAGAGUUGUCGUCUUUGUUAAGUGGUAUUGUCUUUCCUCCGUCUAGUCAGUGUGCCGAUGGAAUAGUUCCUUUAGCUAAAGAUUAUCAGGAGAAAAAUUGGUGUUCAUCUCCUCAUAAUGUUCCUAUGAUGCAGCAGUCUGAUUUGAAUCUAGUCACGCCAACUAAUCAGGUUCUUUUCACAGUGCCCAAUACAAAAGAACCACACAGUUAUGAUAAAGCACAAGAAAUGAGGAAUGUUCUGAAAGAUAUUGCAAAGGAUGCAGAUAUUUGCAGAUGUAACCCGUGCAAAUGUGAUCCAUCUGACGAAGCAUGUCAAGUGUGUCAUGCUGAAACAGAGACUGAAACCAUAUCUGAUAUUUCAGUAGUGUCAUCCAAUAGCAGUACCAGAAAAAGAGCACAAAGUGAUGUUUCACAUGUGAAGAAGUUAGGAGCUUUACAAGUAAACACAAAGUCCUCUGGUAAUGAUCCAUAUAUGACUUCAGAAAUUGGAAAUCAGUGCAGUGACAGUUUUAGCUCACAUGAGCAUAAAAGGGUUGUUGUAGAAAGUAGUACUAAUGAGCCCAUGCCUGCGGAAGUUGAAUCACCACAUUAUAGCAAUGAAAAUUUUAUGGAGAUUGCAGACAAUAUUACAUUGGGUGAGUCUUCCAGGUCUGCACAGACUAAUCAUUCAUAUGGUUCAACCAAUUUGGACAGUUGGCAGAAUCCAGGGUGUAGUGUAGAUAUGCUUAUUGUUCCUCACAUACUGCCACCAAAUGAGUUACAGAACCACCAUGAAGCUGACACCUCAGAAAAUAAUAAUGUGGAAAUGGACAUCAAUAAAUUAUCUGGAAGUUGUGAGUGCUGUGGCAAGAAUACUAAGAAGACCUCACAUUCUGAGGCAGAGAGCAAUAACAAUGGAACAAACAGCAGGGAACCAUGUUGUGUAGUUGUGUGCCUUAAAACUCUGGAACAUAUGAGAAGAAUAUUAGACAAAGGCUGUUGUUCUGGGGCUGAAAAUUCUUUACGUGCCUUAGCUUUGCAAAUUUUAUCAGUAAAGUCCUCUUACUGUUCUGGUAAACAGAAAUAAAUAUAAGAAUGUUGGCUGAGUCUAAACUGAGAACCUUCAUGUGUACAGAUAAUUACAUAUUGUAUCUUAUAUUUGUAAACUCAGAAACCAGUAUUUGUAAUGUAUAAAGUCUUCCUGUUGGUAUCUGGAAUAGCUUAACCCUUUGUCCCAUGAUUAUACUGCUACAACCUGAGUAUAACAGAAGUGUUAUAUAUUUAGUUCAGUGGCUUCUUUUGACAGUAUCACUUUUGCAUAAUUAUUAGCAUUUUCUUAAGCAUUUAACUGUGUACAAGUAUUGUUAACUUAAAUUUGUUUCCCCGUAGAAUCUGCAUUAUUCAUGAGUGAGUGAACACGACAUAAAACUAUGUGUAAGAGAACUGUAGUGACGCAUCAAAGUUUGUUGAAGUCGUACAGAAUGGAGAUGCAGUAAAUACAAAGCAACCGAGAAUGAUAAGAUCUAGAAGUCCAUAAAGAUGGUAUAUUAAUACAGCUAGUAUGUUUCUGGAUAUUAUCCAUCGACCUAUUU